AUGCAAGGGAUUCUUAUACAGUAGUAAUAAUUCACUUAGCAAUUGAUACGGAUCAUUUCCAAAGAGUUUGAGCCAUCAGAAGGACUGGAAUUAGAAUUGAAACAUGUGAUGGAGUCUUUCUUUAUAGAAAUCAAACAACUGGAAUAUGAAAUGAAAGAAUCCAUUGGUAAUACAAGUAAAAUAGCUAAUCAUACUAGAUAAUCAAUUAUUGAUGAAUUUCACGAUGCAUAGCAUGAUUAAUGGAAACACCGUUAUGAUGAACUCAACACCGAGUUUCUCAUCCUCAAAGCUUGCAAUCAACAAAUUGAAUUGCAGAAAGCAGAACUCUAAUAGAAGUUAAUCGAUUAACGGACUAAAUACGAAGAAUUAAAUAGAUAAAAAAAAGAAGACAAGGAUAAUUAUCGUCAAUAAUAUGAGGCUCUCAAAAAGAAAGCCCAAGACAAGAUUCAUAGAUUAAAGGACAAGGUCGUCCUCUUCCAAACUUAACUCCAAACCUACGCCAUCGAAAGCGAACAUCUUAGAAUUAUUGCCUCAGAAGACAAAUUAAAUUCUCCCCAAAUGCCUACCACCAUCAAAUUCAAAUUAAAAGCAAUCCUCAAAGAAGUCCAGCAAUUACGCAAUCUAUCCAAUUCACUCCUCCUAGAAAAUUCGAAAAUCAUCAUGCAAGCCAAAGAACAAUUAUAAAUCCUGAAUUUCAAAAAGGAUAUUCAAGGCACAAUCAUCAGAAGAAACAAUACACCACCAGAACCUGCCAAAAUCAAGUAAUACUAUUCUCAAAGUUAAUCCAUACAAAAUAGCCCAGAUCGAAAACUCAAAACUGAAAAACCAAAUAUGAUAAGGAAAUUAAAUGUUACGAGAUCAUCAAUAAGUAAGAAUUUAUUAGCAGAAUUUGAUGCCUCUGCUCAAAUUACUAAGUUUAUAAAAUAAUACUACAAUGCAGAUUAAUAAUUAAGGAACAGUACAGGUUUUCACACUAAAUUGUUUUGAUAAUUAAAUUACGAUUAAAUACUUUAAUUAUUAAUCUCAUUA